AUGGUCCUGACGCUGCUGCUCUCCGCCUACAAGCUCUGCCGUUUCUUCGCCAUGUCGGGCCCACGGCCGGACGCCGAGCGGCUAGCGGUGCCGGGGCCGGACGGGGGUGCCGGCGCGAGCCAAUGGUGGGUGGCGGGCAGCCGCAGGCCCCGCGAGGUAUCGCCGGGGGGAAGCACCGAGGUGCAGGGCGCCCUGGAGCGCGCACUGCCCGAGCUGCAGCAGGCGCUCUCGGCGCUGAAGCAGGCAGGCAGCGUGCGGGCCUUGGGAGCCAGCCUAACUGAAAUUUUCCAGCUUGUGGAGGAGGCCUGGCUGCUACCGGCCAUGGGCCGCGAGGUAGCCCAAGGCCUGUGCGACGCUAUCCGCCUGGAAGGUGGCCUGGACCUGCUGCUACGCCUGCUCCAGGCGCCGGAGCUGGAGACGCGCGUGCAGGCUGCCCGCCUGUUGGAGCAGAUCCUGGUGGCCGAGAACCGGGACCGCGUGGCGCGCAUUGGGCUGGGCGUGAUCCUGAACCUGGCAAAGGAGCGUGAGCCGGUGGAGCUGGAGCGCAGUAUGGCUGGCAUCUUGGAGCACAUGUUCAAGCAUUCGGAGGAGACGUGCCAGAAGCUGGUGACAGCCGGCGGCCUGGACGCGGUGCUGUAUUGGUGCCGCCGCACGGACCAGGCGCUGCUCCGUCACUGCGCUAUGGCGCUAGCCAACUGCGCGCUGCACGGGGGCCAGGCGGUGCAGCGGCGCAUGGUGGAGAAGCGUGCCGCCGAGUGGCUCUUCCCGCUCGCCUUCUCCAAAGAGGACGAGAUGCUGCGCCUGCACGCCUGCCUGGCCGUGGCCGUGCUGGCCACCAACAAGGAGGUGGAGCGCGAGGUGGAGCACUCCGGCACGCUGGACCUCGUGGAGCCGCUCGUGGCCUCGCUGGAUCCCGGGCACUUCGCCCGCUGCAUGGUGGACGCCAGUGACACCAGCCAGGGCCGUGCCCCUGACGACCUGCAGCGUCUUGUGCCGCUGCUCGACUCUUCGCGCUUGGAGGCGCAGUGCGUCGGGGCUUUCUACCUCUGUGCGGAGGCAGCCAUCAAGAGUCGGCAGGGCAAGACCAAGGUAUUCAGCGACAUAGGUGCCAUCCAGAGCCUGAAACGCCUCGUCUCCUACUCCACUAAUGGCACCACGUCGGCGCUGGCCAAGCGCGCGCUGCGCCUGCUGGGCGAGGAGGUGCCGCGGCGCAUCCUGCCCAGCGUGCCGAGCUGGAAGGAAGCCGAGGUCCAGACGUGGCUGCAGCAGAUCGGCUUCUCCCAGUACUGCGAGAAUUUCCGGAAGCAGCAAGUAGAUGGAGACCUGCUUCUGCGGCUCACCGACGAGGAACUCCAGACCGACCUGGACAUGAAGUCAGGCAUCACCCGCAAGAGGUUCCGCCGGGAGCUCACGGAGCUCAAGACCUUCGCCAACUACGCAACGUGCGACCGCAGCAACUUGGCUGACUGGCUGGGCAGCCUGGACCCGCGCUUCCGCCAAUACACCUACGGCCUGGUCAGCUGCGGCCUGGACCGCUCGCUGCUGCACCGCGUGUCCGAGCAGCAGCUCCUGGAGGACUGUGGCAUCGGCCUGGGCGUGCACCGCGCCCGCAUCCUCACAGCCGCCAGAGAAAUGCUACAUUCCCCGCUGCCCUGCACCAGUGGCAAGCCCGGCGGGGACACUCCAGACGUCUUCAUCAGCUACCGGCGGAACACAGGCUCCCAGCUGGCCAGCCUCCUGAAGGUGCACCUGCAGCUGCACGGCUUCAGUGUCUUCAUCGACGUGGAGAAGCUAGAAGCUGGCAAGUUCAAGGACAAGCUCAUCCAGAGUAUCAUGGAGGCCCGCAACUUUGUGCUGGUUUUGUCGGCUGGGGCUCUAGACAGGUGCAUGCAAGACGACGACUGCAAGGACUGGGUGCACAAGGAGAUCGCAACUGCCUUGAAGUACCACAAGAACAUCGUGCCUGUCAUUGACAGCUUCGAGUGGCCAGAGCCCCAGGCCCUGCCGGAGGACAUGCAGGCUGUGCUCAACUUCAAUGCCAUCAAGUGGUCCCACGAGUACCAGGAGGCCACCAUCGAGAAGAUCAUCCGCUUCCUGCAGGGCCGCUCCUCCCGGGACUCAUCUGCUGGCUCCGACACCAGUUUGGAGGGCACUGCACCCCCUGGGCCCCAUCUAACCAGCCCCUAGCCCCCAUUUCCGUCAUGCCCCCCAUUUCCAUCAUCCUCCCCACCCCAGUGGAACAGCCCCUCAAACUGGCCUCCCUGGGCUGAUGCAGCCUGGGCUCUUCUCAGGAAAUGGCUAACUCCCCUGUCCUCAUGGUCCACCUCAAACCCAACGUCCUUAGUAUCUGCAAAGAGAAGGGAAGCCAGGCACUGGGGGUGCUAAGACCUCCCCCAGGCCCUUGCCCUCAGUUCCUGUCUUGAGUGUGGA